UAGUAGCAAAUUCUUAACAACAGUGAGAAGAAGACUGAGAUAAGAGGAGUGCCACACAAAGCUAAGCUCUAAGCUCUGGGGAGACACUGAAGAAGCUCUAAAAGUCACAGGAAAUCUUACAAGUGGAGUGCGUCUUGAAUUAUUCAGAGUGGAUUGCAAAUUUAUAAGAAGAACAUUUUCUGCUGGUUACUCUAGGCUUGGAAUAGCCAUGCAUAUAUUGGGUGCCUUCAAAAUGGGUUUAAAAGUCCUUCUCCUACUUGCUGCAUUUCUUCUGGUCUGCGAUGGUGAAGGUGAGACUGGACCUAAUGGAAGCCCCUCCUGCUAUGGUGGUUUUGACCUGUACUUUGUGUUAGACAAGUCUGGAAGUGUGCUCCACCAUUGGACUGAGAUCUAUCACUUUGUGGAACAACUGACGGAAAGGUUUAUCAGCCCUCAACUCAGAAUGUCCUUCAUAGUCUUUUCCACAAGAGGGUCAACCUUAAUGCGCUUGACCGAUGACAGAGACCAAAUCAAGCUGGGCUUGGCGGAGCUACAGAAAGUUCUCCCAGGUGGAGACACCUACAUGCAUGAGGGGAUUGAGAGGGCCAGUGAACAAAUCUAUCAUGAGAACCACAAAGGUUUCAGGACAGCAAGUGUCAUUAUUGCACUGACUGAUGGGGAACUGCACGAAGACCUGUUUUAUUAUGCAGAGCGAGAGGCCAACAGGUCUCGUGACUUGGGAGCUCAAGUUUAUUGUGUAGGAGUGAAAGACUUCAAUGGCACACAGCUGGCACGGAUAGCUGACAGCAAAGACCACGUCUUCCCUGUGAAUGGGGGCUUCGAAGCACUUCAUGAUAUCAUAGGCUCAAUUCUGAAGAUGUCCUGCAUUGAAAUUUUAGCUGUAGAGCCAUCCAGUAUAUGUGCCGGGGAAUCCUUUCAAGUGGUUGUAAGGGGGAACGGAUUCCGAUAUGCACGGAAUGUGAACCGAGUUCUUUGCAGCUUCAGGAUUAACGACACAAACUCUCUCAAUGAGAAGCCGCUGGCUGUGGAGGACACAUAUCUACUUUGUCCAGCUCCAGUUCUGGAAGAAGCUGGCAUGUUUGCAGCUCUUCACGUCAGCAUGAAUGAUGGUUUAAGCUUCAUUUCAAGCUCUGUCAUCAUCACCAGUACACACUGUUCUGACGGAACGAUAUUGGCGAUAGUACUGCUGAUCUUGUUUCUCCUCCUGGUUCUGGCUCUGAUGUGGUGGUUCUGGCCCCUGUGCUGUACCGUGAUUAUCAAAGCACCUCCCCCACCUCCAGAAGAGGACAGCGAGGAUGAAGAGGAAGAUGGUCUUCCCAAAAAGAAAUGGCCAACUGUAGAUGCUUCGUACUAUGGGGGAAGAGGAGUGGGAGGCAUAAAAAGAAUGGAGGUGCGCUGGGGGGAGAAGGGGUCCACAGAAGAAGGAGCUAAGCUGGAGAAAGCAAAGAAUGCCAGGGUGAAGAUGCCAGAGCAGGAAUAUGAGUUUCCAUCACCAAAAAUUCUCAACACUAGCUAUGGCAGGUCAAAUGCUUCCAGAAAAUGGUACUCCCCGAUCAAGGGUAAACUGGAUGCUUUAUGGGUCCUUCUGAGGAAAGGUUACAGCCGGGUGUCCAUUAUGAGACCUCAGCCUGGAGAUAAGGGGAGAUGCAUGAAUUUUACAAGAGAAAAGAAGCCAAUGCCACCAAGAUAUCCAUUAAACAAUGCUCCUCUUUUGACACCACCAUCCAGCCCAAUCUAUACUCCACCCCAGAGCCCAAUCUAUACUCCUCCCCAGAGCCCAAUAUAUACUCCUCCCCAGAGCCCAAUAUAUACCCCUCCUUCUCCAGCAAGUUCACCUCCCGAACCAAUUAACUAUCCUCCUCCAACUCCAUCCCCAACCAACUCUCUUCCUCCACCACCUUUAGCCUCACCUCCCAUGAGAGCUCCACCCCCGAAUAGACCACCGCCACGUCCUUCAGUUUAGAAUUCUCUGUACAGUCGUUCAUCUCCAGUUCUGCUGGCGAUGCAUUUUAAGAAGUUUUUCUUUCUUGGAUGGAUGUGAUGUUCAUCAAUUAGACAGAACAGCUAUGGACCAAAACCACUUUUCUUACCACUUUUACUAGAACUAAGUGAUGUUACCUUGUGGAUUUAUUUACCUUUGGAUGAUUCUGCAAGUUACUGGAUACCAUCUCAACACUUUUGGUCACAUCUGAAACCAAUUCUUAUGACUGCUUGACCAACUAAGCUGGAUAACAUUAUGUAGAGAAUAUUAAUGAUAUAUUCUCCCACCAAUGC